AUGCUUACAAAGACUAUUACACUUGGUAGAUUCGUUCUAGGACCAAUAGAGAACAAUGUUUACUUACUUAAAUUGACAAACAGAGUUCUUUUAGUUGAUCCAACAUGUCAAGGAAAGGAACUUGCCGAUUACAUCAAAACAACAUAUCCAGCUGACAAAGUAGACAUUUAUCUCACACAUGGUCAUUGGGAUCAUAUUGGUGCAGUACCAGAAUUAUGUGAUAUUUUCCCAGAUUUAACAAUUUACGCUUCUUCUAAAGAUGAGCCUUUAUACACAAAUCCAGAAUACAAUGGGUCAGGUCAUACCAGACAUAGUUUUGAUAUAAGCAAAUAUUUGGACAGAAUGAAAUUUGUUGAUAAAAUGAAUUCAUCUAAACUUGUCAUUGAUGAUAUAGAGUUCGAGGUCUUCGAAACACCAGGACAUACACCAGGAGGAGCAUGCCUUUAUAACAAACAAGAAAAAUUACUAUUUUCUGGUGAUACUCUUUUCAAAGACUCCAUUGGCAGAUCUGAUUUCCCCUAUGGCGAUGGAAGACAGCUUGUUAGUGGAAUUGUUAACAAUUUGAUGAAACUUCCUGAUGAUACCGUUGUUUUCCCUGGACAUGGCGAUUCUACAACAAUUGGCGAAGAAAGAAAGUAUAAUCCAUUCAUAAGAAGAUAUAAGAACCUCUAA